AUGGAAUUUCUCUCGAGAGCUCUUCGCUGGGUCACCAAUCGUGACCUUGCUCUCGACAUGAUGGAGCCCGGUCCACUUCACUCCCCACGGGAAAGAACUGUCAAGGAACUCUCACGGAUGCUCGACGAGAAUCGAGUGAUACACGUUAGAGGCACGCCCGCCUCAGGCAAAACAAUCCUGGCCCGUCUCCUCUCACAUCACUACCGUCAGCAGAAAAUCGCCGUCAUAGCAUUUCACUCCUGGCGAACUACCCCACCCCAAUACUACCAGGACAAGAUUAUUGACGAAGCCCGCCGGCGAGGCUACCGCCAGUUCGAUGCACAGUUUGUCGAGGAUGGGAACUACGUCCUCAUCUUAGACGAAGGACAGAUGACAUACCGUGAUGAAGCUCUUUGGAUUGAACUCAUCAAAAAUCAGAGUGGGUCACACUUUGGACCCAGAAUCUGUAUUUUCACCUGUUAUGGCAGUCCUACCGAAGGACCAGAUUCGGAGUACAGCGCCGGAAGACUUCUGGCAUAUCUAGGUCCUCAACAAAGGGUGUCAAUCACUCCGUCAUCGAUCCAAUUCUCGCCGUGGGUUGCCCUCUUCUACAACCUCGAGGAAUUCGAAGACGUGGUGGAACGAUUCUGUCAUCGGGAAAAUCAGAACCCGCAGCUCAAGUUAGACGAGACAGCGCGAGAGUACAUUUUCAAUCUUACCCAUGGCCACCCCGGUGCGGUGGAUGGCAUACUUCACAUGCUGCUCCAGGUCUACCAUAGCGAGCUCAAGCAUGAAGAAAUCACGCUCAAUGAUAGCCACGUCAUCAGCAGUCUGGACAACGAAGCACAAGCGUUCGCAUACCUCAUGAGCGCCCCGGUUUGCCGCUCGUUCCCUCGACCCAAGAGAGUCUCCCCCGAAGCCGCAGAGAUCCUUCGGAAGGCGUUAUCAGAGGGGAAUGUUGAUCGUGAUCUCAACAAUGAAGGGAUCAAGCAAUGCUACGAGAACGGCUGGCUGCACUCUGAGCCGGCGGAUGCUUAUGCCGAGCGUAUUGUUUGUGUGUUCCCGACGCGGCUGCAUGCAAAAUUCGUCGAACACUACUGGACUAGUUCGACUAUGGAUUUCCCUCUCGAAAGGUACCCGAACAUCACGGCUUUAGCUCAAGCCGUAUUAGCACGCUUUUCACCCAGGAAUAUUUCUAGCGGGAUUCCACGUUUUGGUGACGCAGCCACUAUCCGACCCUGGGAAGUGGCGUACCAAGAUGAGUUCUAUCGCGCUGCCCACGAGGUCCUCGGAUAUGCGAUGAACGUCACGAGCGAGUGGUCCUCGGGAGGACAGGGACGCAUUGAUUCCCGAUUCGCCCAGGUGGGAUGGGGAAUCGAAUUACUACGAGAGGGUGACCGACUGAAAGAGCACUGCGAACGAUUUGCCUCCACUGGGACUUACGCUCGCUGGAUUGCAGAUGGGUCGAUCAAAGAUUGGCUCAUAAUCGACUGCAGAACAACCCGGCCAGAACCUUACGGCAUCCCUGAUCCCAAAGUCUGGCGUGCUGUUUUCGCCGCCGACUUUUCAUCAGUCGAAAUUCUCGACUGGUCCAACAAGGCUCUUUCCCCCCAAAUCCCCCUAAUGUCUUCCUAG